CAACAUACUGGUAUACCAUCAAAAAGUGUUAAUCCUAGACAGCAAUAUUCUAGGUACAAUAACAGACUAACCAAAGGUACCGGCCACACCGUAAUAGUUCCCGGGAUAUGGCAAAUUUCCAAACAGAAUCCGGUUUAUAAAUCAUUACUCGUAACCAGACCUACGGCGCGGGAAUGUAAUGUCUAUAACAAAGAAAGACAGACAAAGGAAAACGAAAUAUCUCAAAUAUCUACCUCAGUCGAAGACAGGGAAAAUGACAUUGAAGAGAAGGAGGAGCACUUUGAUAUUAACAUAUCAAGGAUGCGGACGUGUCUGAAAAAUCGCCGACAUACGACCAGAUCGGGGCGUUCGCACGUUACCCAACGAAAGAGUUUUAAGGGUACUAACAUACCAGAAAAGGCAAUCAGAAAGGUAUGUUUGACAACAAAAAAUGAAAAAGGGAACAAAAUCGGAGAUAAAUUUUGCUUAAAUGACCUGCAAACUGAUCCCAUGAGAUAUGAAGGAAGGAAAGAGGAAGACGGGUCAGAAACUGCUGGGUACACUCAGAGGUAUGUGUUCGCUUCUCAGUUGAAUACACUGUUAAAGCACCGUUAUUCAUCAUUUAACAACCCAUUAAACAAACAUCAAGAAUCUCGACCGUUUCUGCAAAAUUCUGAAGGCAAUCAAACGCAUCCAACUAAAUCUUACACUGGAGGAAAGAGCAGUACCCGAACAAAUAUCGGAACAAGUAUCGAUAAUUCGCUGAAUGAACAGAGGACAAAAACCAACAUCACUACUGAUUUAAAAACAGGAUUCAUUGGCCGAUCUCACCUGCAUUCACCUUAUCGCAAAAUGAUCAUUGCAAAUAAAUUGCAAAAUCAGCGUGAGAACAGUCGUUCACAGAGAGAGGAAGAAAAAACCAAUCCUGACGGAAGUCAACUUCAGCCAAUUCCAUCUCCAUGUGUAGAAAUAUAUACAUGGAAUCAAUAUUCUCCGAUAAUGACAUUAUCUAAGCAAACCGAAGUCGAGAACACUAUAAGAAAUAUCAGCAACAUGCUACAAGAAGACAAAGCUUCCUCUUUAACACUUUUCCAUGGCGACAAGGAACUUCAACGUUCAGAAGAUUUUGAGCACGCACUUGGGAGUACGUCAUAUCCUGUCCGAUUAGAUGUUGUCAUUCAACCAGCCGAACGUAUCCCCGAGGAGAGUUUGAUGAAAUUCAACUUGCACGAUAUGAUAGAUGGAGAUCUUAGUGAUGAUUCCGCCGUGAUGGUGCAAAUGUCUUGUGGCCACGCGACAAGUAAGUCUGACCUCAAUUGGUAUAUACUUUAGCCCAGUUCCCUGUUUUAUUAUGAACGCUUUAAAUAAGAUCCUUCCGACUACCAUAUAAUUGUAUCUCACCUUACAUUUUCCCUUCCUGCCAGCCGGCACAUAAGGCCCUGAUACACUGAGUCCCUACUGCUCUUUGAUUGCUGACCUCCUUUCGGUUCCUACUCGGUAGUCAUCCUCCAUGUUGCUUUUGGUCGGCCUACUCUUCUUA